AUGGUAAGUGAGGCAGCAGUUUAUCCAAUCAAUAUUCAUAAAAUUUUAAAGGUUUUAAUGACUAUUUAACCUUAACUGAUGAUCAUAUUCCGGACUGUCGUAUUUUGUUGAACGUGUUUACUGCAUUUCAACUCCAAUAUGUCAUUUGUAGCCAGUGGAAACCUGUUAGCUAGCUUGUUAGCACUGCUAGCUAGCUUGAUGGCUAGCAAAUUGUUAUUGUUUUGGACUCCAACUAAGUUACUUUUACCAAGUGUUUUUGAGUGUAUCCUCACUGUCUGUCUGACGUGAUUUAUUUGACAGGGUCAAAGUCAGAGUGGAGGACAUGGACCCGGGGGAGGAAAGAAAGACGACAAGGUAAACAAUCUAUACUAGCUAACGUUAACUAGCUACUCUGUCUCAAAUCUCGUAACUAAUGUUCCUAGUUAAUAAUACUAACCCCAACCUUCUGAAAACGUUUAUAUUCAUCUUACCAGUUUGGUACACACCGACUCUUCCUGUUGGAUAAGUGAUCACACUGUACUGUAACUUUUGCUGGACUUUCCAGGAUAAGAAAAAGAAAUAUGAACCACCAAUCCCCACCAGGGUUGGUAAGAGGAAGAAGAAGAGCAAGGGACCUGAUGCUGCCAGCAAGCUACCUCUUGGUACAUUUAGUUGGGCUACUAUUAACCUUACACUUUUCACUAUGUCAUGGCAGAGUUCCUUUCUACCUACUGAUGUUGAAUUGUAAACCGUGACAGAAAAUUGUUUACAAUUUUACAACUGCUGUUUUUCCUAGACAGUUUUACCCUUUGCAUAGAACUGACUUCUCUCUCUCUCUCUCUCUCUCUCUCUCUCUCUCUCUCUCAGUAACUCCCCACACACACUGCAGGCUGAAGCUGCUGAAGCAGGAGAGGAUCAAAGACUACUUGCUGAUGGAGGAGGAGUUUAUCAGGAACCAGGAACAGAUGAAACCCCUGGAGGAGAAACAGGAGGUACUCAUCACGUGACAGAAAAUAAAAUCAAUUCAAAAGCCUAGAUAUUUAUAUUUUGUGUUUCCCGAAGUCCUGUGUGGCACAGUUGGUAGAGAAUGGCGCUUGCAACGCCAGGGUUGUGGGUUCGAUUCCCAGUAAGGAAAAAAGGUACCAAAAAUGUAUCCGCUCACUACUGUAAGUCGCUCUGGAUAAGAGCUAAAUGACUAAAAUGUAAAUGUAAGGAAACAUAAAAACAAACACAGGACCAUAGGUUAUAUGAACAUUAUGUAGCCUAUCAGUAAAAUCAGUUGAUCUCUUUGCAUCAUUAGAAAACAUAACACUAUAAAACCUUCACACUGCACCUUUGCAUCUAAAUAUUCAUUAAUUCACCCAUCCACUCUGCCUUCUGUUGUCCUGCAGGAGGAGAGGUCUAAGGUAGAUGAUCUGAGAGGGACUCCCAUGUCAGUGGGGAACCUGGAGGAGAUUAUUGAUGACAACCACGCCAUCGUUUCCACGUCUGUGGGUUCUGAGCACUAUGUCAGCAUCCUCUCCUUCGUAGACAAAGACCUGCUGGAACCGGGCUGCUCUGUCCUUCUCAACCACAAGGUACUGACUGAGUCUGCCAUUAAGUGAAUUGAGUCCUCCAUUCAUUGACCGAUCAUGUUUGUCAAGUGAAUUUGCUGUGUUUAGCUGUUGCCUGACUGUCAUAAGCAUUAAUUGAAGAGCUCAUAUUUACUGUGCAAUGAGUUUGAGUGACGUGUGUGUACGCGUGGGUUGAUUCUUCUAUCCUUAUGGGGACCAAAAGACCCCACAAGGAAAAUUCUCCCUUGUGGGGACAUUUCCCACGUCCCCAUGAGGACAAAGGCUAUUUUAGGCAUAGGGGUUACAGUUACAAUUAGGGUUAGAAUUAGGGUAAGGGUUAUGGUUAGGUUAGAGAAAAUUAGAUUUUUAAUGGGAAUACAUUUUAGGUCCACACAAGGAUAGAAGAACAUAAUGUGCGUGCGUUCACAGGUCCAUGCCGUCAUUGGGGUCCUGAUGGAUGAUACUGAUCCUCUGGUGACAGUGAUGAAGGUGGAGAAGGCUCCACAGGAGACGUACGCUGACAUUGGUGGACUGGACCAGCAGAUCCAGGAAAUUAAGGUAACAUUUUCAAACAUAGAGAUCGUAGAGAAGUAGAGUACACUGCAAACGUUAUUGUUAAUGCUCUACUUAAGCACAUCGUCUUAUUGCAUAAGACUCCCAAGAUUUUUCUAAACCAACUAUUCUGUAUGCACACUGUUAAUGUAAAUUGAUACAGCUGGGUCAGUGGAAGCUGGUGUCACUUAGUGAGAGAGAUUUUGCUAGCUGCUCCUGUAGACUUCCAGUCACAGCACUAACGCUAGUUAAUUGACAAAAUCUCGAACUAUCCCUUUAAAUCAGAAGACAGUCAUUUUAAUGGCUGGAAUGGAACGAUAUCAAACACAUGGUAACCAUUUCUCCUGAUUGACAACUACACUUGUGGUUCUCUAUGUUCCUCUCAGGAGUCUGUGGAGCUCCCUUUGACCCAUCCAGAGUACUAUGAAGAGAUGGGCAUCAAGCCUCCUAAAGGAGUCAUUCUGUAUGGUGCACCAGGGACAGGUAAGACAACUAAAACAAUGAUGGACAAAAAUGAAGACGGAACAGAAUUUGGAUAUCUUUAUUUUCUCUGGUAAUACUCAAAGGGGUGGUUUCCCAUGCACAGAUUAAGCCUAAUCCUGGACUAAAAAGCAUUUUCAAUGGAGAUUUUCCGUUGAGCUUGCUUUGUAGUCCAAAACUAGUCAGAGAAACCGCCUCUAAAAGUGCCAUAGUUUGACACUGUUCCUAUGAUGUGUUAGGGAAGACCCUACUGGCCAAGGCAGUGGCUAACCAGACGUCGGCGACCUUCCUGCGUGUGGUGGGCUCUGAGCUGAUCCAGAAGUACUUGGGGGACGGGCCCAAGCUGGUCCGAGAGCUGUUCAGGGUGGCCGAGGAACACGCACCCUCCAUCGUCUUCAUCGACGAGAUCGAUGCCAUCGGGACUAAGAGGCAAGGCUAGCUGUUGUUUAGUCAGGCCGUGGUCAUUGAGGUUUCAGGUUGUGUGUGUAAUUUGUUGAUGAGGAGUAAAUUAGUUAUAAUGAAAAAAAAUACAGUAGGCUCAUUUCAUGCAAAAAAAUCUAUAGACUACUUUGUUACAUUAUUGCACAGAGGGAGAAAGUGCAAACUAACCCACUUUCCAACUGCCAUGCCAUCCCCCCAAUACAACAGUUGUCAGUAACUGUUUUACAUUAUCUUGAGCUUAUGGCUGCGUUUAGACAGGCAGCCCAAUUCUGAUAUUCUUUUCACUAAUUGGUCUUUUGACCAAUCAGAUCAGUUCUGAAAAAGAUCUGAUGUGAAAAGAUCUGAUGUGAUUGGUCAAAAGACCAAUUAGUGGAAAAAAUAUCAGAAUUGGACUGCCUGUCUAAAUGCAGCCCAUGUCAAAAUAACAAGGAAACAAUGCUAUUGCACAAGCUCAGUGGCCUUAUUAGAGUGUUUGCCUUGAGAUUGGAAGGUUGGGGUUUCAAUCCCCGGUCGAGUCAUACCAAAGACCAAUGCCUCUCUUUAUGGCACUCAGCAUUAAGAUGGAUUGGGGGAAAUCACGUUGCCUAUCUCUACAGAAACAGGAGAUAGGCUCCUGCCCUAAGGGCACUUCUGGCUCGGACAAGGCUUACUAGCUUCACUAUUGCUUAGUGAUUGAAUUAGCAGUACAGUGAACACUGAUUACAGUACGUUUUGUAUACCUCAAUGAAUCUCCAUGUAUAGGAGGUAAUCUCUACAAUAGUAUGGUGUGUCUCAGUGGUUGAGGGUGUGUGCUGAGUACUGUGUCCUCUGCAGAUAUGACUCUAACUCAGGAGGGGAGCGGGAGAUCCAAAGGACUUUGCUGGAGCUUCUCAACCAGCUGGAUGGCUUUGACUCCAGAGGAGAUGUUAAGGUCAUUAUGGCCACCAACAGGAUAGAGACCCUGGACCCUGCACUCAUCAGACCAGGUACACAAGAACAUUAUCAUAUGGAAAAUACAAUACAGGCUAUGCCCACCUAAAUUCAUCCUGAAUUUGCGCAAGUAAUGAUUGGAGAGAUCUUAUGUGAUUGCCCCAUGAGGCAUCUCCUCUGAUUUUGACAUAUCAUUGUGUCCCCCCCCCCACUCCUCAGGCCGUAUUGACCGUAAGAUAGAGUUCCCCCUGCCUGAUGAGAAGACCAAGCGAAGGAUCUUCCAGAUCCACACCAGCAGGAUGACUGUGGCAGACGAUGUGAUCCUGGACGACCUGAUCCUGGCCAAGGAUGACCUCUCCGGAGCUGACAUCAAGGUGCAAUACUGACGUUACAGCAAUCAGCUGGGACAUAGUAAUUAGACUAACUGUGAAAAUGCAGCCUACUGUAUACACCUCUUUCUGGAAACCAAACAUUUAUUUUACUUUCACCUUCUGGUUUUGCUGUCAUCCUGUGGCACCUUAAUGAAUUUUCACUGUUAGUGUUUGUAACUUUGUCUCUCUCUCUCAGGCCAUUUGUACAGAGGCAGGGCUGAUGGCGCUGAGAGAGCGCAGGAUGAAGGUGACUAAUGAGGACUUUAAGAAGUCAAAGGAGAACGUGCUGUACAAGAAACAGGAAGGGACACCAGAGGGAUUGUACCUCUAA